AUGGGGUCUUCCAGUGCUUCUCGUGCUGGGAAACCCUUUGAGUUCAAUUGGACUAUGACCUUUGCUGCUUUCAAAGGAGAUUGGGAGGCGAGGCAACAGGUCCACCGCCUCAACAGAUUUUACGCUACCAAGUACAUCUGUGAGCACUGCUGCGCGUCGUACGAAGAGCACAACACAUUUGGUGAUUUCCGCAGCAACGCCAACUGCUUGUCACUACGGUUCACACACGAACAAUACUUGAUGAUGUCUCCGCCCAGCCCAUGGAUUUGUGUCAGGGGUUGGACCAAGGACCGUAAUUUAGAAGAGCCUCCUCCGGUCAACAAGUUUUCUGACUUGCUCCAUGUACUUCAUCAGGGUGUCGCCUGUGUUGUGAUCCCUGCACUGAUUUGCAGCGGCCUUGAGAGCAAGCAUCCUAGUUUGACUUUGUCUGAGUUGGAUACAUUGCUCCAGAGAGAGGUCUACUUACACUACAAAAGUUGGUGUCGCACACAUGCAAGAAAGUAUACAGCUACAUCGUUCAGAUUCAAUGGGAAGAGGUUUUCCAAGCUGGGUUGGGCUGACUUUCCGGAGUUGUCAAGCCACUACAAGGCGGCAGUAGUUAAAACCAUGAUGUUCUGGGCUAGUGACUACAUGAAAGACCAGGACCAGGAAGGCAAUGUUCCCAACUCAAGACUACGCUGGCUUUGCAUGCACUCCUUCGCCAAGUUCCAAUAUUUUAUAGAUGAAGGGGGACCUUUUUUUGGAGAUCAGGAGGUGACUCUUGUAACUCGCUAUGGGCAUGCAGCAUUAUUGUUCUACCAGGAACUGGCAGGACAAGAUCGUGCUCGAACGGACGGGCGUCGUUUUCUGAAGAUCACCCCGAAGUUCCACUCGUUGCUCGAGAUGUUAUUGUACGUCAAAAAGACAAGACGCAAUCCAAGGUUUGAACACAACUACCAAGACGAAGAUCUCAUGCAGCACAUUGGCAAGAUAGCAUCACAGACCCAUACACAAACAAUGGCUGCAGUGACGCUGGGUCGCUACAGGGCAUGGGUGGAGCUGUUCCUGUAG